AGCCAGAACUGAGCUCUUUUGACAUAUUUGGACGAUUUAUCCGUUGGUUGGAAACACCAGAAAAUUUCAAAAAUUUCCAGACUUAUUUGAUGAUCCACACUGUUUUCCUAACUAUUCUGUAUACUUGGUGGCAGUCUCAAUAUCCGUCCUACUGAAUAAAAUGGGAACUUCAGAAGAUGCAAAGGAGUGCGAGCUGAAGCAUAGAAUCAUCCCUAAGCUAACCUCAGGAAAGGAGGAAUCUAACGGUUCAAAGAAGGCCUGCAAGUGCACAGGUGACGAGUCUAAAGUUGAAACUGCCGAGGAGAGAAAACUUAGGUACGAAAAUACAAAGAUAUCCUUCAGUGACUACUUCCUUCGGUGUAUUGAUUUUGAUGAGAUAAAGCUGUUCCUUGGUCUGCUCUUUGCAAUCAUCUUCACUGUUGGUGGUCUUACUAUCAUCUACCUCUGCUUUAUAUUUGUGUUCAAACCCUCCAUGUGGCAGGUGUACUUCCCGACUAACAUGGACAGAAUUAACUCCGGAGAGCUCUAAGAUCUACCAUGGGACUGGAAGUGAAUAAGACGGUGAAAUACCUCCUCAAGAACAUUCAAAAUUCUGAAACAGACCUACUGGAAAAGUCAACCAUGGGACUCAUCAAGAAUUUCACUGAAGAACUAAAUGAAACCUCCAACAUUGGAUUAAUUCCAAAGCGUAUAACAAUGGAUAAUGCUGAAUGGGCAAGAAACAUUGCAAAACUCUAUAACAAAAACCAUCAAAUGGAUUAUCAUGAAAUUACGCCAGAUUUUAAUUUCUACUUUGUGGUAUCUGUCCUCACUCUUGCUCUUUUGGGUGUUCUACUCCUCAUCUACUCUUACUUCUGUGUAUGGGUUUUGAAGGGAAAUUUAGAUCUUCCAUUGCCAGGGGGUCCAGAGCCAAUAAAGUAUAAAGUUUGGUGGAAGAAUCCAUGCCAAGGGUGUUUGGAUCGCGCAAGAUCCAGGUUGAAAAACCUUAUAUCAGGUGGACGUUCUGGAGAUACUGAAAUGACGGAUGUUCCUUCAGAAACAGGUCCUGGACUUACAACCAUAACAUCAAUCGCCAAAACGUCUACUGGAGAACCAAAGAAAAGAAAAUCUAUCUUUGAGAAGACCCCAAGCAUUUGCGAUGGGUUUAAGCAAUUUACACAAUUUCAGUAUGAUCUUCAUGACGAAGAACCAGAGGAAGUUGUGUUUGACAUUUAUGAUUUAGAAAAGAAUUCAUGAUUCCAUCAUUUCUUUGUUAUCUAUUGUUAAACAAUACUUUAAUACAUUAAAUCUAUAUAAAGGCCAUUUAGCUGUUAGUUAUUAGUUAUAUUUAAGCAUUAUAACCACUUCUUAAAUGUAUACACAUCUUAAUCGCCAGAACAUAUAGCAUGCCCUUGUGUUUAGUUAUCUUGCAAUGAAAUACAAUAUUAUAAGCAAUUAAA